AUGUCAGUCGCCAUGUCAGUUCUGUUCGCCGUUGUGUCGGUGCCCAGAGAGUGCAGGAACGGCCACUUGCUGACAGGCGGCGCGGGCCACGGGCCGUGCAAGCGCCGGAGUUGCAAGGCAGACUUGAUACCGAGGCGUAGGCUCAACUAA